AUGUCUAAUGAUAUAAAAAAUAAGAUUACCCUAAGACCGAGUGAACCUGCUAUGCGAGGAAAGCCUGUUGAAGUUACCGUAAAUUAUGUGGAAAUAGGAAAAAGUUUCAAAUAUCCUACUGUUCACUCUUAUACUUUUGACGUCACGAUACAACAAAGAAAAAAAGCGAAAGAUUCUGAAGCAAAAAAAGUGAAAAGAGAAGAUUCCGAAGCUGUUUUUUAUCAAUUACUUAAGAAAAAGGAAUUCGGCCAAAAUGUUUUUCCAGUAUACGCUGGUAAUAUGAUAUACUCUUCUAACAAACUUUGCAAUGGUAAAGAUAAUAAAAAAUUUGAUCAGAUAAGAAUUCCACCAAAAGAUGGUGCUGGCCGAGCAAAAUUUUUUUCUGCUGUACUUAAAUAUAGUAAUGAAUAUGAAACGCAACAAAUGGCUGAAUAUGUCAAAGUGAACACAAAUCAACGUUGGGGAGACGAAAUCCAGAAUAAUCUUCGUGUUCUUAAUACUUUUAUUAACUCGGAUGUUAGAGCACAAUAUCUUACACAUGGAAGAAAGCAAAUUUUCCCUAAAUCAAACUCUCAAGAUCGUUUAUUUUUGCCAGGUGGAAUCGAGCUAGUGCUUGGUUUCUAUCAAAAUAAACUACUCAUUAAUGUUGACACAUGUGCUACAACAUUUUAUCCAUCCGGUUUAUUGAUUGAUUUGAUCCCUAAAAUUCUUGCAAGUAAAAAAUCCAAAGAUGAUUUACGAAGAGGGCUUUCCAAAGAUGAAAUCGAUUAUCUUAAGUUUUGUAUGAAAGGCGUUAAUUUUACAACAACUUAUCCUUCUGCUAACAAUUCAAAACCAAAAAAGAAAGUUUCUUAUAUUACUGAAAAAUCAGCGCAGCAAAUUAAGUUCAAUUAUAAUGGACGGAAUAUUAGUGUUAGUGAAUAUUUUCGAGUGUGCGGAACGCCAUUAGAAUUUUCUAUGCUUCCUUGUGUUGCUGUUAAGUCAACUAAUCGUGGACAAAGUGAUGCACAUUUUCCUUUAGAAGUCUGUUUUUUAAUAUCAGGAGAAAAAUUUAAAUUUGAUAAGCUUAAUAAGAAACAGAGAAAAGAUAUGGUCGAUAAGACUGCUACUAAACCAUCUGAUCGGUUUCAAAAAAUCACUACUGCCCUUACAAAUGUAUAUAAACACUCGGAAAAUAAUGCGAUGAAAUCAAUUGAAAUGGUAGUUGGAAAAGAGUUUAUAAAAACUACAUCAAGAGUUCUUGAACCACCAAAAAUUACUAGUACUCCUGAAAACAAGGAAAUCAUUCUUGAGUCUGGUUCAUGGAAUGUUCCUAAAUUUAUCGAACCAGCAACAUUACGUAAUUGGUCUGUCGUUUGGUUUGAUCCAUUCUUAAAGAAACCACAGGUUGACGAUGCGAUUAGAAUUUUAAUAGAAGUAUUAACUGAAAAAGGAUUGAAUGUACAAAGUCCUCAAAUAGUUAUUCAGGGCAAUCCUCAAAAUUGCAAAAAUGCUCUUACUUUAGCUGCACAAAGAGCAGACUCAGAAAUAGUUCCACAGCUUAUUGUUAGCAUUAUUUCAAGUAAAAAUAAUGAAGCUUCUGGGAUUUACACUGAAAUAAAGAAGAUCUGCUUAGUUGACUUGGGCAUUAAUUCUCAGUGUUUUCGAAGUAAAAUGAUUGGAGAACGUCAGUGGAGGCAAAAAUGGAGGCAAAUUUGUCAUAAUAUUGCAUUGAAAAUAAAUGGAAAACUUGGUGGAACAAACUCCCAGUUAAUCCCAAAUCAACUUGAUUUUAAAGAUGCAAAACAAUACAUGAUUCUUGGUGCCGAUGUUUUUCAUCCUAGCAAAGAAGAUAAACGAAAAGGUCGACCAAGUACUGCAGCCAUAGUCGCGUCUAUGGAUCUAUUUGCCACAAAAUAUGCUGGCCGAUAUAGUAUGAACAAAAAGUUAAAAAAUGAAGUUAUUGAAGAAAUUGAUAGUAUAGUUAUAGAUUUUAUUAAAGUAUUUGAGGAAAAAAAUAGCAAAUCCCUUCCGGAAGCAAUUUUAUUUUAUCGAGACGGUGUUGCUGAAGGACAGUUUGAAAUAAUAAUGGAGGAUGAAGUUAUUAAGUUAUUAGAUGCACUUAAAACUUUUUAUCAAUCCCGUGAGCUUCCACCUCCAAAAUUAGCAUUUAUAAUUAUGCAAAAGCGACAUCAUACUAGAGCUAAACCAAAUGAUGAAUCCAAAGCUGAUCCAAAAGGUAACGGUAACUGCCAACCUGGAACUAUUAUAGAUAAAGAUAUUGUUGUUCCACAAUACUUUACUUUCUUUUUGCAAUCUCAUUCUAGUCCACGUGGGACUGCUAGACCCGCGUAUUACCAUGUUAUCUAUGAUGAAAUAGGGUUUUCUCAGGAUAAAAUACAAGCCCUUACUUAUAAUUUAUGUUUUUCAUCCGUAAGGUGUAAUCUCGCUUUAUCAAUGGUGACACCAUUGCACUAUGCUCAUAACCUUGCAAAUCUGGCAAAAAACUUUGUUACAUAUGAUGAAUUUCCUGUUACGGCUACAGAUCGGCCAGAAUAUGUUCAGAACGGAAACGUAAACUAUGUCCGUGAGGACAUUAAGAAUACGAUGUACUUUGCUUAA